CAAAACCACAAAGAUCUAUAAAAGCAGAAGAGAGUAUUGACAAAAUAAAACUUUUGUUUUGUUAGCAUUGGAACUAUCUAAACCCUGAAGAAAUUCAGUUAUUGUAAUGGAUAUGGGUACUUCUGAGGAGAGAAUCACUCUUGCCUUGGCUUCUCUGAAAGCUGAUCUGAUGGACAUGCGCAGUCAAGAUGUUCAGCUGAUGAAGCAACUGAUUGCCAUCAAUACUACCAUAAGCUCCAUGUCGGGUAGCAGACAACCAAGCUCUCGGGUCCAUAGAAGCGCCAGCUUCAGUGUGAUAAAUAAACAUCAAUCGGAGCCUUUCCAAAUCCGACGGUGCUCAGACAGUGCCUGCAGUACAAGAAAACUACUCACAAGACACAACAGUGAACCUGUGCAGACGCACCGAAAUUCUUUGAACUCGAGUCUGGAAGAUAUUGACAGCAGCUACGAGGAUCUUACUGUGUCAGAAGAUAUCGAUAGCGACAGCGAUUCUCUAUCCGGAUCGUCACCUACAGUUGUAACUAACCGUCAGUCUGAUCGAAAAAACUCUCUUUACUUCAUGAGACCACUACCUGAAGAACACGAGCUGGACGAGAAGAAAUAUUACGGGAUUCUAAUGAAGAACAUCAAAUUGUGGAAAUAUUCAGAGGAGUCUUUAGAAAGUGUUCACAGCACAGGAGAUUGACGAUCCUUCAAUUGUUUUUUUCCUGGCGCCGUCCUAUGACGUACCUAAGCUAUUGCAGAACUCUUCUGCAUCCGAAGGAGGAAAUAGUGAUAGCUAUAAUUAGUGCUUGAUGCGCUUUACAGGUAGUGUCGCUAAUGCAGAAGGUCACUGAAAAUUGGCCCUGUCUCAUAUAUCACAGUCUAAAUCGUGUAAAAGUGAACGCGGCGACUAUGAUGUCACAAAAAACUGUACAUUUCCUGCUUAUGUAAUACAGCUUGGUGUAAGAAUAUGUACAUUUAACGAUUUUUGGUGGCGAGAACAUGGAUUGCAAAUUUUGUUGGUUAACAGCAAACAACGAAAAACAUUUAGUGCUGUGCAUGUAAUGAAUGUCUACAGGGGAAUGGUAGACAGAGAAUGUAAACAAUUCCGAGACAUACAAAUAUUUAUUUAUGUAAAUUAUUUUACAAUUGUUGACUCUUUCACCAUUGUUAAUAAAAACAAAGCUCACAA